UUAUGCUAUUCACUAAAUUAGAAAAACAAAAGUUAUUCCACCUUGUUCUCUUGUUUCUUUUUUAACCUACAUGGAUCUUCAAACAAUUUUCCCUUUCACCCUUUUUUCCAUUUUCCUCCUCUCCAUCAUUGUGACACUAAAACUAAAGAAAAAGAUCAAGAAAAUUGAAUCAAUUCCAAAUAUACCGCCAGGGCCACGGAAGCUUCCAAUCAUAGGAAACAUUCAUAAUCUUAUUGGCUCUCCACCACAUAGAAAAUUAAGAGAAUUGUCAAAAAAGUAUGGCACUUUAAUGCAUCUUCAACUUGGUGAAGUUUUCUUUACUAUUGUUUCCUCAGCAGAAUAUGCUAAGGAAAUAAUGAAAACUCAUGAUGUUAUAUUUGCAUCAAGGCCUUUAACACUAACGUCAGAGAUAAUGUUUUAUGAUUCAACAGAUAUAGCUUUUUCACCUUAUGGUGAUUACUGGAGACAACUUAGAAAGAUUUGUAGUGUAGAACUUUUAAGUAUAAAGCGUGUUCAAUCUCUUUGGCCAAUCAGAGAACAAGAGAUGAAUAAUCUCAUUCAAAGGAUUGCUUCUGAUGAAGGAAGAGUCAUCAAUCUUUCUCAAGAAGUUAUAUCAAUGAUGUAUACAUUUACUUCAAGGGCUGCAUUUGGCAAAAAAUAUAUGGAGCAAGAUGAGUUCAUAUCAUUGGUAAGAGAAAUGUUGCGAAUAAAUGGAGGUUUCUAUAUUGGUGACUUGUUUCCUUCAGCAAAGUUCCUUCAAAACAUCACUGGGAGGAGGUCUAGGCUUGAAAUGUUACAUCAAAAAGUUGACAGAAUACUUGAGAAGAUCAUCAAUGACCAUAAAGAAACAAAAUCUACAACCAAACAAGGUUUAGUUGAAGGAGAGGAAGAUUUGAUUGAUGUCCUUUUGAAAUUUGAGGUAGAUAGAAGCAAUGAUCCAGAUUUUUGCUUAACGGAGAGAAACAUCAAGGCUAUAAUCUUGGAUGUUUUCAUUGCUGGAAGUGACACAGCAGCACAUACAAUUAACUGGACCAUGGCUGAAAUGAUGAAGGAUCCAAGAGUAUUGAAAAAAGCACAAAAUGAAGUUAGAGUGACAUUCGAAAAAACUGGAAAAAUUGAUGAAACAUGCAUUAAUGAGUUAAAUUACUUGAAAGCAAUCACCAAAGAGGUAUUAAGAUUGCACCCUCCUGCUCCUCUUUUAAUUCCAAGGGAAUGUGGACAAAAUUGUGAGGUUGAUGGUUAUCAUAUACCAAUCAAAAGUAAGGUGAUAAUCAAUGCUUGGGCAAUUGGAAGGGAUCCAAAAUAUUGGACCGAUCCAGAUAAGUUUUAUCCUGAAAGGUUUAUUGAUAGUUUUAUUGAUUAUAAAGGAACUAAUUUUGAGUACAUUCCAUUUGGUGCUGGAAGGAGAAUUUGCCCAGGUUUAAACUAUGGUAUGGCAAAUGUUGAAUUGGCUCUUGCUUUGUUAUUGUGUCACUUUGAUUGGAAACUUCCUGGUGGAAUGAAAAAUGAAGAUUUGGACAUGACUGAGCUAUUUGGAGCUUCUGUUAUAAGAAAAGAUGACCUAUGUUUGAUUCCAACAACUUAUCCUUCAUUUAAGUAGUGCUGAAAAAUGAAAAGAUUUGAGAAUUAAAUUUGUAUAAUUUGUAUAAUUUUGUUGGUAUGGAAAUAUAUAUGAAUAUGUAUGCCAUGAAAAUGGUACUUUUA